UCCCACGUCUCGGCUGGGGCGGAACGCUGCCUUGGAGUCGGCGUGGAAAGAGACAUGAAAGCGUGAAAUGAAAAUAAAACCUAGUGAGGUGACUCGGUGGUUAUAAGUUACGCUGUCCGGAACGUUAGUGAAAGAAGAAAGCGUUUUAAUGGACGCAUCUCUUCGGUUAUAGCGAGUAAGUUUCGCCGUCCCUAUUGUAAACAGGCUUUUCCAGUCAACGACAUGGAGACUCGGUUGACGUGCAACCGCUGAAGGCGACCACCACAGAGAUGUCUGUAGAGGCAUCUGCUCCUCCUCCUUCUCCCACCCCCUCUCUCAUUGAGGUGAAGGAGGAGACACGUUUGGUGUUGAAGAGUUUUCUCCGCCAUGCUCUGGCUCUUGCUCCUGCAGAUCGCCCUGGCAGGAUCGGGGGGGAAUAUCACGACCCCAGCAAAUACAGUGUGUCUUUGAAGGAGAAGCAAAGAAAGGAAGAGAGUGGCUGGGACUCUCUGGAUGAACAGAUCAGUGCAGCAGAGGAGAAGAAGCACGGGAUUAAAAAUCUGAUAAAGAGACGACUGAAGCCGCGUCCGUCCACAACACGGAACAGUAGGAAGGACGGCUCUGCCGACCAGAGUGGCUCGCUGGAGCGGAGGGUGGGCCAGCUGGAGAAGGCGGAGAAGUCCUCUGCUUCCGAAGAGGAGUCUGACCGGAAAUUCGGUGACAAGAAGAAAAAGAAGAACAAACUGAAACUAACGGAAUUAUUUAAAAAGAAGAGCACAAAGAAAGAUGACACCCGUGGUUGGCGGCCAACUACGCUGCCCAUUGCGAAGGAUUUGGAACCUGCGAAGCCUGCUCUGUCACCAUCCCAUCCGCCAGAGUUCUACGAUGAUGUGGCUGAGACCUUGGACCGAAUCGCUCAGAAGAGUGUGAAGAAGAAUUUGCCCACUAAAAUAAGCCCAGAAGAGAAUGCUGAGCCAGUCCAGCCCAUAGAACAAAACAAGGAGGCCGUAGUUCAGCAGCUUGUGCAGCUGUUGACCACGGAGGGAGACUCCAUCAACGAGAAGAUUAACACCAAUCCGUUCCUGCGCAAGUCCCUCGCACGCCUCUCCUACCCGUCUUUCGCCAAGCUGCUCGACACGUGUGCCAGCGUAGCCGCAGACCCACCCCUUCCCGCUCAUGAAAGCCACACCCUGCAACGGGUCGCAAUCACCAUGGAGAUGACCCGGCGGGUCGUCACGGCCACAGGAGUGACUCAGCGCGUGGAAGGUUAUGCCGAGCGAUACAUGGAGAGCUUUGCCCCUUGGGUAAAGAACCAUGGGGGAUGGGAGAGCAUUGUCCUGAUGGAAGCCCAAGAGUAUGACUAACUGAAUGCUUGCAGUUAUAACGUACUCUACCUCAUUCCAAGUUUGCACUACGACCUUUGACCGUGAAAGUUGAGUGCAUAAUGAUCCAGGGCACCAACACUACUGAUAAUGCGUGUGAAUUUUUGUUUACUGUUUCUCAUUUAUUUAUGAUUUUUUUUAUAUGU